AGCGCCGUUGCUGCCCUUAGUCGGAAACGUUUCGCCGAACGGUCGGGCGACGGGGAUGAGCGAGGCGUCGUCGGCGUGCCGCUUUUCGUUCGCGUGACGGAAACUUGCCGGGAACGUUUUCGAGCGCGCGUUGUCCGGGCGACCGGACGUGAUGCCUCGUAACGGCAGCUUCGAAUCCGUGAUGUGAGCUCCCUCGGCGAUCGAAACGACGGCGAGCGCCCAUCAUGGCGGAUCCGACGUACAACCGGAACGCGGUCAACGGAGGAGCCGCGACGUACCUAACAGAUUUUCCCGAGCGGGUGCGACGUGGCUGGUUCAAAUCUGCCGAGCCAGACGCGAUUCUCACGUGCGAAAGUCAGUCGGAUGUGUAUAUUCGCGUGCAUGGUGGUGUCAAUUGUAGAGUCGUCGGUAAAAGAGGCGUUUACGAGUGGCGUUUUAUGAUCGUCGCGACAGGUGACAAGGAGUUACGGAACGUGGCCUUGAUAUCGGACGAUUAUCGCUCCAACUUUGUCAUCGUGUUGGUGCAAGCGAACGGGAGCGAGAUCGGCGCGACCAACGGCCAGGAGUGGCAUAAUCCUGGCGCGAGUGACGUCGAGCUUAGCAGCAAGAGACAUUAUUCGGUAACAAUCGCGUUCACCGCCAGUAAACACGGCACGUAUCGACAGAACGUCAUCUUCGGCUUCAAAUGUUGUCCAGUGUUUCUUCAGAGGCUCUGCGCGGAUUAUUUGCCGAUCGAAGAUUACGCACGGAUACAAACGGCCACGAGUUAUCAACUGUCGCAGAUCCCACCGAGAUGGACCGAUCCGUACGAAUUUUACUCGCCUUUCAAGCCGCACGCCAAUCUGCGGGAGAUCAAACUGUCGAGGAUAUAUCCGUAUCCCGACAAGCAAAACUUCUUCCUCGCUCAAGAUAUGCUGUCGGACAAUCGGCUGACGCCGCAAAAUUAUCGGGGUCGUAUGCACGAGAUGAUCACCGUCGAGGAGAUCGCCAGACACGAGCAGCUCUCGAGAUACAAUCAAGUCUCGUGGUUACGCCUCGUGUCGGAGUAUAUAUUACUCAACAACGACGGCUCCACCAUUGCCAAAUAUACGCCGCCGGGUGAGCUCUUUGCUCAGCUCCCAAUCACUCGGGACAUCUUGGAGGAUACGCAGAGCGGCAGACUUCUACAGCGUAGCUGUAAUAGCGUUCUAAUCAAGCUGUGGGACAAGAAUCUCGAAAAUUCGAAUAUGGUGUUCGAAGCUCACAUAGAAGACAAGUGCUCGCAGUUUAUAUUCGUCAGAUUGAGCAAAGAAUGCGUGACCCUUUGGAAUUUGACGGAGCAAAGCGAGCUCAAAGUCGCAAUGCGGUUCGUGUUGAGUCGCCUCAAUUUUUGCGAGUGGCAUUUGGCAGUAGAUAGUCUCGAACAUAUGGACUUGGUAUUCCUCAAGGACAAACAUCGCGAGAUGGAUAAUCAAAUUAUACACAGUUUUCUGCAAGUCGACGCCGAAAAUCUACGUAUACUUUCCAGUUUAUUUCUGAACAAGCUAUUCAACCAAGAGCAAAAGCAAGCGGUUGCCGCGAUAGCAUUGUCUAAGACUAAGGCUUCCUCGCCGCCGGUCCUUUUACUUGGGCCCUUUGGCACGGGAAAGACGUUCACCAUAGCGCAUGUACUGCGUAUGCUCGUUAAAAACUCGGACAACCGGAUACUUUUAUGUACCCAUAGCAACAGCGCCGCGGAUCUCUACAUCAAGGAGUUUUUCGAUGUCUGGUAUAAAGCGGAUAAACAUCAGAGACUUAAACCUAUUAGAAUAUAUUACAAACUGCGAGCAUUGAAUACGAUACAUCCAAUUGUGCAACAGUACUGCUUGAUGGACGAACACGGUCGUUUUCGCGAUCCAGUCGAAAAGGAUUUUGAGGACUGCAGUCUAAUAGUGACUACUCUAGCAACCUCUAGUUGCUUGAUCAGUCUGAAUCUGUCUCUAACUCAUAUAGUUAUCGACGAAGCGGCCCAAGCCAUCGAGUGCGAAGCACUCAUAGCCCUGACCUUGGCGAAUCAAAAUACUCGUUUGAUCCUGGCAGGUGAUCAGAUGCAACUUGCACCGGAGAUUUACAGUGUACUAGCGAGCGAACGAGGAUUGGGCGUUAGUCUCUUAGAGAGGAUGUACGAUUUCUAUCCGCCGGAACAUCCAUGUCGGAUACAUCUGUGUCAAAACUAUCGCGCGCACGCGGACAUAAUCAAAUACACGUCCGAAAUGUUUUACGAAGGAAUAGUUAAACCCGCCAACACGGAGCUGCUCAAACAUCCGACUAUGAAACCAUUGACGUUUUACGCUGUUCGUGGCCAGGAAGAGCAGACAGAAUUUUCCACGGGAUAUCAAAAUGUUAUGGAGGCGGAAGAGCUGGCAAAUCGUGUCCUGGAAUUGAAAAACACGUGGCCGACGGAAGAAUGGGGAUCAUACAAAGAAGGAUCUAUCGGUGUUUUAUCGUAUUAUCAUGAACAAGUGCAACGGGUGCGAAUCGAGUUGCGCAAGCGCCAGCUUUUCGACGUGUCCGUCGAGAGAGUAUUGAAUGUCCAAGGCAAACAAUUCACCGCGGUUUUUAUCAAUACAGUCCGGACAACAACAUCCGAUAGGUUCUCCGCUGAGACGAAAGUCAAAGACUACGGUUUCUUGACGGAUUCACGUUUGCUAAACACUGCUCUGACAAGAGCGAAAUGUCUCGUAGCGGUUGUCGGUGAUCCGGUCGCUCUGCUCACCAUUGGCUCCUGUAAACAGCUUUGGAAGAAAUACUUGGAAGUGGCCGAUCUAUACGGAAUGGACAGGAAGGAAUUGCAGGAGCAUCUGAACAAGGUACCCAAACUCCAAAUAUCACCACUGAACCCGCACGCGAGAGAGUUUGUUCCCCAAAGGCCGCCCUUGUGCAUUGUUCAAUAUAUUCAAGUACCACUAUGGUUUCCAGUGAUUUUUCCUCCUCAUCCGCCAAUGUAAUGAAAAAUCGUGAAAUUCACGUAAUUUUAUCGAGAUGAUCGUUUCGACAUCAUGUCAUCACUACAUAUUUCAUGGAUCGAAACGUUUACAUUUUACUACUAUUUUUAUCGUCUCACACGAUUAUCUUCGAUCGUAUCGGCCGUCGCAAAACGAACAAGUAUCAAGUUGCGUGUAAUUCUUGUAAUUUCUCAUCUUUUCAUUUGUCUGAUUGCGCGAGUGAGAGUUUUUGCGAGCACAAAUCGUAUAAAUUCUGUUUAUUCAUAUGUAUCAAAUUUCACACUACGAGUAGGGUAGUGAUCAUAGAGACAUAAAGGUAUAAAUUCCAUUUCUUUUUGCUAUACGAAUGACUCAUGGAUUUUUAAGAAAAUAUAUGUGAUUUAUAUAUACCUCGAAUGUGUGUGCGCGUUUGACAAUGUAUUUGAAUGUAUUUAAAUAUUGUUUUCAUGUUUAAACCAGCAUGGGCAUAAUUUUUCAUUUUCAUUAUACACAGCGAAAUAUGUACAAAGAGAGUUCUAUACGACUAUGUAUUUAGCAGCGAGAAAGAGACUUUCUUCAGAUCCAACAUCCACAAUUAUAUAAGACACGAUGUUUUUCUUAAUAAAAAGAAUAUAUAU